GUUUAAGGACAAACAAAAGGCAUACAACACAUAGAAAAUCUCAAGUUUCCAUCACUACAUAUCUAGUUAUGGAAACUAAGAACGACAAAACUACAUCAACUAACAAAGAUGUUGUCAACUAUAGAGGAGUUCAAGUUAUGCCAUUUAUCAUUGGGAAUGAGACGUUUGAAAAAUUAGGAACUAUGGGAACGGUAUCAAAUUUAAUAGUGUAUUUGACAACUAUGUUCAACAUGAAGAGCAUAACGGCAACCACCGUGAUCAACGUCUUCACCGGAACAGUAAAUGCUGUGCCGUUAAUUGGUGCUCUCAUUUCCGAUUCCUUCUUGGGUCGCUAUAAUACUCUUGCCAUUGCUUCUCUUUGCUCUUUCAUGGGGAUGAUAGUGUUAACUCUCACAGCCGGAAUCUCCAAGCUACACCCUCCAACAUGUUCGGCAAAGGAGAUCGGAACAUGUGUUGGUGCCACCGGUGGUCAGUUGGCUUUACUAUUCGUUGCAUUAGGGUUUCUAAUACUCGGAGCCGGAGGUAUUCGACCUUGUAACCUUGCGUUCGGAGCAGAUCAGUUCAAUCCGAAUACGGAAUCGGGGAAGCGGGGGAUCAAUAGCUUCUUCAAUUGGUACUAUUGCACUUACACAUUUGGGAUGAUGAUCUCCACAACUUUCAUUGUGUAUGUGCAAUCAAAUGUGAGUUGGACUAUUGGGUUAGGUCUUCCGGCAGGUUUAAUGUUCAUGUCUUGUGCACUUUUUUUCGUGGGUACUAAAUUUUACGUGAUAGUAAAGCCUGAGGGAAGUGCUAUAAUUAGUGUGGUGCAAGUUUUAGUUGCGGCUGCUAAAAAACAGAGGUUAAAGAUCCCUAGCGAUGCUUCUCUAUGUUUUUUCAAUUAUUUGCCACCCAAUUCUAUCAACACCAAGCUUCCUCAUACAUACCAAUUCAGGUGUCUUGAUAAAGCUGCAAUUAUAACAAGUGAAGACCAAAUAAAUCCUGAUGGUUCAGCCGCCAAUCCAUGGAAGCUGUGCAGUAUCCAACAAAUUGAAGAAGCAAAAUGUGUAAUAAGAGUGAUCCCAAUUUGGGCCUCAGGAAUUAUUUACUACAUUCCAGCAGUUCAACAGAACACUUAUGCUGUUCUUCAAGCACUUCAAUCCGACAGAAGACUUGGAAAUAGUGGCUUUCAGAUUCCUGCUGCUUCGAUGAUAGUGUUCUCAAUGCUAACACUUACCAUCUUCAUUCCCAUUUACGACAGAAUUAUCGUUCCGUUCCUUCGAAGAAUUACGGGAAAAGAAGGCGGAAUUACGAUGCUUCAAAGAAUGGGAAUCGGAAUUCUUAUCUCUAUCAUCACCAUGGUUGUUUCGGGUUUGGUUGAACAAAGAAGAAGGCAUUUUGCUACUACAAGGCCAGGGAUGGGAGUUUUUGAUAAAGGAGCAAUAUCGUCUAUGUCGGCCUUAUGGCUAAUCCCUCAACUAGCACUUUCAGGUUUAGCGGAGGCUCUUACUUCUGUCGGGCAAACCGAGUUUUAUUACAAGCAAUUUCCUGAAAACAUGAGAAGCAUAGCCGGUUCCUUCUUCUAUCUCGGAUUCGCAGGCUCAUUUUACUUCAGUAGCAUACUUGUUUCGAUAGUGCACCACGCCACCUCCAAAUCUAACGGCGGAAAUUGGUUAGCCGAGGAUCUUAACAAAGGGAGAUUAGACUUGUUUUAUUUCAUGAUUGCUGUUCUUGGAGUUCUCAACUUCGGAUACUUUCUAUUCUUUGCCAAAGCCUAUAGAUAUAAAAGUAAGCCUACGAGUGAGACCAUGGUUGGAUGCGAAGAGGACAACUUAAUUGUAAUCUCUUCUUGAGCAUAGCUCAAUAAAUAUUACAGAAAAGUUUAUUGUAAGAAGACAUAAUAUAGAAGAAUAAGAGUAAUUUAUUGUACGAUUGUUUGGCUAUUGUAAUAUACAAAUUGGACUUAAUUGGUGGUGAUGAA